CUUCAAUCCAAGCAAAAAGGAAGCGCUCCCUACACUAGAUUGCACAUUCUGCUGGUGCGCUCGCGCAGGACAUCGUGUGCCGCGGAUUCGCCUUCCUCAUGGCGCAUGUGACCGCCUAUGUCUUUCUGAAGCAACAGCUGACUCCUGCUGGUUUGAGCAGCCCUGUCGCGAGAAGCGUGCUGGUUGCUGAUUUAUGCUGAGGGGAACACUUCGGAAGGAAAGGAUCUCUGUAGGGUGGACAGGUAGAGCGACGUUGAUGUUCGAGGCUUGAAGGCUGGCAAAGGACAAGGAAACAGGUGUGCAUUUGAGAUCGCUCAUGCUGCGUUGAUGGAAACAGGUUGAACAGGCGGAACAGCAGGCUAGUAUGAUGGUAGGAGCGGCAGUAAGCGUUGAGGGUUUGGCAAAGGGUCCUAUUGGGGGACUGCAUGCACGGGCGAGCUGCCGGGCCUUGACCGAUCCUUCUAGCCAUGGGGUGGCUGUGAGGGCUCUUGUGAAGAGCGUGAGACCAGUAGGAAGGAAGGCGCGCAAGCAGGGUACAGUCAGCUUAGGAGAGUUUGCAGGGCAGAGGGUUCCACUAGACAGGGAGAGCGGCAAGCGAUCGGCUGUACAAUGUGUGCAUAUAUCACCUAGGCAGUCACGGAAUGGGCCGGACGAUGGGGGGUGGGAGGAGCUCUUUCAGGUCCCGGACCCAAGAGAGCAGGGUGGCAGGCUCAAGAAUAACUGGGAUGUCGUGCUGAAUGACGUGCGAUACCUGGACUGGCGGGCGAGGCAGGACGUGUAUGCAAUAAAAGCAGCUCAUGACAAGGUGGUAGAGACACUCAACCCGGUCGCUCGUGAGCACAAGUCGGUGUCAACUCUGAAGAACCAGCUUGCUGCGCUGCAAGAUGAGCUGUCAAAGGCCCAUGCACAGCUACAUGUAUCGGAGGCGAGGGUCGAGCACACCCUUAGCAAACUCACGGAUAUGGAGGACAAGCUGAUGGAGACGUUGCCCCCCCAGCAGCGGUCACAGGCGCAGACGCAAGAGCUGCCCCGCACGCAACCGGAGGCUAGGGAGAUUGCAGAGGAGGUUCAGCAGGAGGUGGCUCGGCGGCAACGGCGAGCAGGGCAGAAGAGUUUUCUCGAUGUGUCGGGAAAGCCGAAGGUUUCCCCAGCGCUGAAAAACUUCUGGUACCCGGUGGCUUUCUCUGAGAAUGUGGACAGUAAGACCAUGGUACCAAUAGACUGUUUCAACGAGCCUUGGGUCAUCUUCCGAGAUCAGGACGGAAAAGCGGGGUGUAUCAGGGAUGAAUGCGCGCACCGAGCCUGCCCCCUGUCCUUGGGGGCGCUCGUAGAUGGGAAAGUGCAAUGUCCAUACCAUGGUUGGGAGUACACCACUUCCGGCGAGUGCACCCACAUGCCCUCCACAGUCCAGGCCCCCACCUCUGUCCGCGCCCUCCCUUGCGUUGAGCAAGACGGCAUGAUCUGGAUCUGGCCCGGGGACAAAGUGCCGGAGGCCACCCUCCCUGACCUGAGCCCCCCUUCUGGUUACACCAUCCAUGCACAGAUCACUCUAGAGGUCCCCGUUGAGCACGGCUUGCUCGUGGAGAACCUGCUGGACCUGGCGCACGCCCCCUUCACCCACACCACCACUUUCGCCAAGGGCUGGCCAGUGCCCAAUUCCGUCAAAUUCAAGACCGCUGCCGCUGCCGCUUUGAGCGGUUUCUGGGACCCCUAUCCGAUCGACAUGGAGUUCCGCCCCCCCUGCAUGGUGUUCUCCACUAUUGGGCUCUCGCAGCCUGGGAAGCUCUCCGGCACUAACACGAAAGACUGCCCUAACCACUUGCACCAACUCCAUGUGUGUGUACCGUCCAAGACGGGCACGACCCGGCUACUGUACCGCAUGUCGCUCGACUUUGCCUGGUGGGCGAAGUACGUGCCCUUCAUCCACAAGCUGUGGGAGUACAUGGCCAACCAGGUGUUAUCGGAGGACCUCCGGUUGGUAGAGGGCCAGCAGGACCGGAUGAUUCGAGGGGCAAACGUGUGGAACCAUCCAGUUGCUUAUGAUAAGCUGGGGGUACGCUACCGGCGGUGGAGGCAACAGCAGGAGGAUAGCACCAGCCGAUCAGAGCAUAGCCAGAUUGAGGACGAUUUUGAUUGAACAGAGAACGCCAUGCAUAGGUCUAGGAAACCAUUAUUGAUUUGUGGUGAUAACAAGAGCUCGCUUAUCACCCUGUAGAAAUGUAGCUCGAAAGACCAAAAUCUGGCAGUGUUUGUAUUUGAGAGCCAAUAAAGUCCUUCAGCCAUUAAGCGGCCAGCCAAUCUCCACCUGCGCACCCCAAUAUAAUUCCCACUCCAUGUGUGCAAAAGGCCUCAGGAU